GACUCACUGAGAAAGGCAUUCAAGAGGAGCGACACAAAGGGCGGCGACGGAAACAGCUUCAACAAAAAGGAACAGACCCGGAGAUCUUACCUUCGUUAAAAUCACUCUGCAACCACAGCAACACAGCAGAGAGGGAGACGCCCCAUCCUGCCCCCCACAGCACAAGCAUUAAAGGCACUCUGGCACUCCACCCGCAUACCUCGAUCUAUCGCAUAGACAUCCGAACAUGUCGCUAAACGACGAAAAGCCCGUCCAGGACACCGAGACCUUCGACUUUGGAAUUAAGAAGAAGAAGAAGAAGAAGGCCGUGCCUGAUUUCGACGACGACUCCCAACAACAGGAGUCAGAACAAACAACAAUACUAGCCGACGACGACGCAGCAGCAGAACCAGCCGCCACCGGCGCCGCCGCAGAGGACGACGACGCCGCCAACGUAUUCGCAGACCUGAAGAAGAAAAAGAAAAAGAAGAAGGCCACCUUCGAGGGUGACGACACCCCCACGGGCACCACCGAAGACGGCGCGGACGCUGAGGGCGCCGACGACGCCGACGCCUCGGGUGCUGCCGCUGCACCCGCAGAGGAGUUUGUGUUUGGGGAGAAGAAGAAGAAGAAGAGGUCCAAGAAGACCGAUUUGGCGGAUUUCGAGGCGGCGUUGAAGGAUGGAACCGAGUCGGUCGGUGUGGAGGAGACGGCUGCUGGGGAGGAGACCGCGGGCGCAAAGGCGUCGGAGGGAGAGCCAUGGCUGGGAAGCACUAGGGACUACACCUACGAAGAGCUCCUCCACCGCGUCUUCUCCGUCCUUCGCGAAAACAACCCCGACCUCGUCGGCGACAAAAAGCGGUACACGAUCGCGCCCCCGCAAGUCCUCCGCGAAGGCACCAAGAAGACCCUCUUCGCCAACGUCGUCGACAUCUGCAAGCGCAUGCACCGUCAGCCCGACCACGUCAUCCAGUUCCUGUUUGCCGAGUUGGGAACCACGGGCUCCAUCGAUGGUGCUCAGCGGUUGGUUAUUAAAGGGCGGUUCCAGCCGAAGCAGAUUGAGAAUGUGCUUAAGCGUUAUAUCAUGGAAUACGUAACAUGCAAAACCUGCAAAUCGGCCGACACGAUCAUGAUGAAGGAAAACCGUCUCUUUUUCCUGCAGUGUGAGUCGUGCGGAUCCACCAGGACCGUGUCGGCGAUCAAGACUGGUUUCGUCGCCCAGACGAGGGAUGCUAGGAAGGCCGCGCGUGCGAACGCGUAAGGGGGGAAACCCCAUCGUUUACCUUGCGGGGAGAGUCGGUGGAGGGGUUUGGUGGGAACUACCCCUUUCAUUUUGCCAUGCAUUUUUAUUUAUGCAAGAACCCAUCGACACAUUUUACCUCUUCACUGUUCAUUUCCCCCCCAGCAACCCACCCCCAAUUCAAAGUACCGCCAUCCCCGGAAACCCCCAACCCCCAACCCCUCAUCCCAUCACCCCAUCCCGAACCGUUGUCGCAUUUCUCCCCCCUUUCUCCUACCUCUAUUCUAUUUUGUAUUUCCUGUUCUGUACCUUCAAAUGUUUCAACCGUCUACUCUUAACCCAAGUCUUGUGCCUUUUCG